AUGGCUGUGACCAAUGCCUUCCUCACGCUCUUCCUCCUUCUUCGAUUCGCAACUUCACAAUCACCAACCCCGAUAGUCACAGCGACGACAACAGAGACCGUCACCGAGCCUGGAGCUUGCAAUAAUUUCGUUGGAGCAUGUGUGGUUUACGGCACCGGCCAUGUCCCACCCUACACGACCACAGUCUACGCGGGAUCGAGUUCUCCGGCAGAUAGCACGAUAUCCACCACAACUGUAACAAUAUCAAGAACCUCAGACGCAACACCUGAUGCUGCAAGCGCAUGCGCAGACUUCACUGGAGCAUGCGUUGUUUACGGCAGCGCCGAAAACCCGAGCUACACCACAACCACCCCCAGCAAUGGAGAAAGCAAUAGCGAGGGCACACAACAAGGGAAUAGCGAUGGAUACAUUGCGGCUGAGAAGGGAGACAACGACGGAUACAUUGGCGAAGCCGUCAGUGUGAGCAUGGGAGUGGUGGUGCCCCUCAUCACCUUUGUACUUGUGAAUAUUGGCUUCGUCGUGUGGUUGUAA